UCGGCGCAAGAUAGCAUUUCCCCCUAUUCGAAUGCUAUCCUCCUCCGCGGAUGCGCUCUGCACACCCUCCAUCGUCUCCCCGAAUCCCCCCGCCGUGCUCGUUCUUCGCCGCUCGCCGCAAAAUUUCUUCCCUGCCGCGAAAGAUGAAGCGUUUCGAGAUCCUGCAAGCUCGCGUCUUCUCCUGCUGAGCCGCUCUUCCCUCGCGUGGCAGGUGAGUAGCUUCGUUCCGAUUCCUCAGCGGACUUCGUGCGCUGAUUUCGUUCCAGUAUCGAUCGAGUGAUCCCGAGUGAUGAUGAGCCGGUUUUUGAUUGUGCAUUAGAGAAGUGCUUGCCGAUGUGUCCUGGGGCUAUGGUUUGAUUGAAUUUCGCGCAUUGUGUUGAUUUUGGUUGGAUUCUGGGCUGUCGGAGCUGCGGGCUUAGCUUCGCUGGAAUCGAUUAGGAUAUGAUCAGUGCCUCUUUGUUGAACAGUCUCGUGGGAAGAUUCGAAUUUGCACUGGAAGUGGAAGUUGGGUUUUGAGAUGGCAUUGAUGCCGAAGCGAUGUUGUGUAGCUGGACUCACGUUGGGGGGCACGUUUGACCAGAUUGUGCGUUCGAUUAUAGUUGAUUUAUCGAUUAGAAUGUAGUUCAGAUACGAGUAAUGCAGGCAGGAUACUCGUUUAUGGGGAAAAUCUAUUUGGGUAAGUCAAGAUUUUGUUUUAUUCCAUUUUAGAGUGUUUGCAGUGAGAUGAGAAUAUGGUGGUUAUGUUUUGGACAGGCUUGUUUGCUUCAGGCGUGAAAUUUCGCUGCAAAUGAAGUAUUCAGGUGUUGUGGCACUUUGUUUUUCCUGUUCAGACCGGGGUUGUGUGAUGUCAGCAUGAGCAUUAACCCGGAUGAUCCUGAGAAUACUGUGGGAUAUUCUGUACAGCAGCUUCAGUCUUAAUACAAUCAGCAAUGUGUUUGUGGGGAAAGAGGUGAUAGGAGGUAACUGAAGUUAAUGUUGUGUGGAGAGGGUGGAGGCAGAAUGUGCCUUAGUAAAAUUCGUUCCUUGAGUUUCAUCACGAAAUGACUAAAGUCAUGUUAAAAGCCAAAUGCAAGUCAUCCUGGAGUUUUCCUCCAUUUGUUUUCGGGGCUUGUACGCACUCUUAGAAGAUUUCCUGCAAAGAAUGUAUCAUGGUAACAGGUGUGCUCCAGCACUGAUUUAUAGAUGGUGCAAUGAUGUCUGAAUUAACAAGCGUGAUGAAGGAAACUUCUGAAAAUAAUACUGUUUCAUCCCCAAAUGAUUUUGGUACCAUAGAGGAAUUGCCUGAGGAAACCAUAUUGUCUCGACAAACUUCAAUUAAUCUCGUCCCAUUUAUUGGCCAGAGAUUUGUUUCACAAGAUGCUGCAUAUGAGUUUUAUUGCAGCUUUGCAAAGCAGUGUGGCUUUUCAAUUAGACGGCAUCGAACUCGAGGGAAAGAUGGGGUGGGGAGGGGGAUUACCAGAAGGGAUUUCACCUGUCACCGUGGUGGCUAUCCGCAGAUAAAGCCUUCUGAUGAUGGAAAGCUGCAAAGAAAUCGAAAGUCAUCUCGUUGCGGAUGUCAAGCAUUCAUGCGAAUUGUUAAAAGGGCUGAUUUUGACGUACCUGAAUGGCGAAUUACCGGUUUUAGUAACAUCCACAAUCACGAACUCUUUAAAUCAAAUGAUGUGCACCUGCUUCCUGCUUACUGCACCAUGUCUGCGGAUGACAAGAGCCGGAUUUGCAUGUAUGCAAAAGCUGGGAUGUCAGUGCGACAAAUGUUAAGAUUAAUGGAGCUGGAGAAGGGUGUCAAGCUUGGUUGUUUGCCUUUCACGGAAAUAGAUGUCAGGAACUUGUUACAAUCUUUUAGACGCGUGGAUCGUGAUAAUGACGCUAUAGACCUUCUCAAAAUGUGCAAGGAUAAGAAGGAUAAAGAUCCCAACUUCAAAUACAACUUCCAGCUAGAUGCAAAUAACAGAUUGGAAUAUAUUGCAUGGUCUUAUGCUUCUUCCAUUAGAUCCUAUGAGGCUUUCGGAGAUGCGGCAGUAUUUGAUACUACCCACCGUUUAGAAGCUUAUGAUAUGAUAUUAGGAAUUUGGGUCGGAGUUGAUAAUCAUGGAAUGAAUUGUUUCUUUGGUUGUGUACUUCUUCGGGAUGAGAAUGUGCAGUCUUUUUCAUGGGCACUGAAGACAUUCUUGGGUUUCAUGAAUGGAAAGGCUCCGGGAACCAUUUUGACUGACCGGAACAUGUGGCUGAAAGAAGCAGUUGCAGAUCAGAUGCCAAGGACAAAACAUGCUUUUUGCAUCUGGCAUAUUGUUGCGAAGUUCUCUGAUUGGUUUUCAGUGCUUCUUGGGCCACGAUAUGACAAAUGGAAGGCAGACUUUCAUCAUCUCUAUGAUUUGCAUAGCGUGGAAGAUUUUGAAGAAGGAUGGAGGGAGAUGGUCAGCAUGUAUGGGCUACAUGGAAAUAAGCAUAUCAAUAGCUUGUACGCAUUGCGUAUGUUUUGGGCCCUUCCAUAUUUGAGAUCUUACUUUUGUGCGGGAAUGACCUGCACUAUCCAAUCUGAGGCAGUCAGUGCUUACAUCCAGAGGAUUUUAAGUGCUCAAUCAGAUCUUGAUAAUUUAGUGGAGCAGGUCGCUGCUAUAGUUGAACUAAAGGACGAAGCAGGGGCAAAGCAAAAGUUGCAACGAAAAAUCCACAAAGUCACCCUCAAAACUGGAUCUCCGAUUGAAUCUCAUGCUGCUUCUGUUCUAACACCGUAUGCAUUUACCAAACUACAAGAGGAAAUUGUAAUGGCACCGCAAUAUGCCUCUCUAAUGGUAGAUGAAAAUUAUUUCAUCGUGAGACACCACACACAGAUGGAUGGAGGAUACAAAGUACUCUGGAUCCCUCAAGAUGAAUUCAUCAGCUGCAGCUGCCACCAGUUUGAAUUUUCAGGUAUCCUUUGUCGUCACAUUCUCCGGGUUCUAUCAAACAGCAACUGUUUUCACAUUCCCGACCGUUAUUUGCCUCUCCGUUGGUGUGGUACAAAAAGUAGUGCAAGGACAUCUGGGGAGUAUGCUGGGAAAGUGCAGCUAUUGCAGUCUAUGGUAUCACUAAUUUCAGAAUCUGUCGAGUCAGAAGAGUGCUUAGACGUUGCCUGUGACCAAAUAGGCGCAGCACUUUCUCGAAUAAAAGAAUUUUGUAGGCAUCCACACGAAACUGAUGAAAUUGGCUACAAUAGUCCGCCGGAGUCAUUGAUUCUUCCGGAGGUCGAAGAGUCUGAUAGUAUAGUUCAUGGUUUUGCAGUCGGGAACCCUCAUGAGUCUAUUACCACUGGAAAAAUAAAAGAGAGAAGAACAAGAGAUGGUGUGGAUCUCUAUAGGAGAAGGAGACGUUGUUCCGUGCCUUGCUGUGGGCAGUUGGGACACGAUACAGCCGAGUGCCCAAUGAUGCAGGGUGAUGAUUUGAAUGGAGAUGGGCUUGGCUUUCUAUAGCUAACGGAGAAAUCGAAGAGUCUGAUAGUAUAGUUCACUGUUUUGCAGUCGGGACCCUCUCGAGUCUUUCGCCACUGGAAAAAUGAAAGAGAGACAAAUAAGAGGCGGUGUGGAUCUCUAUAAGAAAAGGAGAUGUUCCAUGCCUUGCUGUGGGCAGUCGGGACAUGGUACAGCCUAGUGCCCAAUGAUGCAGGGUGAUGAUUUGAAUGGAGAUGGGCUUGGCUUCCUAUAGCUAACGGAGACACCAUGGACUACUCUUUUGCGGCGAUUCAAAUUUUGUACGCACAGACCUACUCUUGUCCGGAGGUCAAAUCAUGAACUUUGCAGGGACAUUUCUUUUGGUCGACUCUCUUACUUGUAUAUUGAGUUACUCAAUAGAUGAUCGACACAAAGAAGCAUUUUUUGGUCGGUAGAUGAUGCUUUUAGUCUGAUUAUGUUUUAACUUGUAGUAUAUGUACGGAAUGAACUGAUCACAUAACAGAAAGUGAUUUGUAGAAUCAAAUUAUAUACAGGUCUUUUCUUC